AGGAGCAGUGUUUUUGUUUCUGGCGGAGCCAGCAGAAGAAUUCCCGUUAUCAGCAGCAGGGUGUGUUAGUUUCACUAAAUGUAACCAUUAAGUUAGUUUAUAUUAAUACAAAUACAUAGAAAUAUAUACACGUGUGUUUUAUUAAAGCUGAUCUGAAGUCUGAGAUGUAUUACUAUCGAUAUGACAGUGCUGAGGUCAGCUGCUGCUACAAAUACCUCAUGUUCAGCUACAACAUCAUCUUCUGGCUGGCUGGAGUCGCUUUUAUUGCCGUUGGUUUCUGGGCGUGGAGUGAAAAGGGAGUCCUGUUGGAUCUGACCCAGGUGACCCGGCUGCAUGGUUUCGACCCUGUCUGGUUAGUUCUGGUGGUUGGCGGAGUCACCUUCAUCCUGGGCUUUGCCGGCUGUGUGGGAGCUCUAAGAGAAAACAUCUGUCUGCUCAAGUUUUUUUCUGGUGUAAUCGGCUUCAUCUUUGUCCUGGAGCUGACGGUGGCGGUGCUGGCGGUGGUUUUUCAGAGUCAGGUCAGAGAGUGGAUCAACAACUUCUUCCUGGCAAACGUCAAAGCGUACAGAGACGACAUUGACCUUCAAAACCUCAUCGACUCUCUGCAGAGGAUGAACCACUGCUGCGGAGCUCAGGAACCGAACGACUGGGAUCUGAAUGUAUAUUUUAGCUGUAACGGGACUCAUCGCAGCAGAGAGAAGUGUGGGGUUCCUUUCUCCUGCUGCAACGCUGAUCCUUCUGACUCGGUGGUGAACACUCAGUGUGGCUACGACGUGAGAAAGAAACCCGAGACAGAGUGGAGCGAACACAUCUACACUAAAGGAUGCAUCUCUGCGCUGGAGGACUGGCUACCUGGAAAUCUGUACACCGUGGCCAUCGUCUUCAUCGUCAUUUCUCUGCUGCAGAUGGUGGGGAUCUACCUGGCGAGGACUCUGAUCUCUGACAUCGAGAAGGUCAAAUUCAGCUACUGAAGCCACACGUGCAGGGGGGGGAUCUAAACACAAAGGGGUGGAGUCUAAACAUAAAGGGGUGGAGUCUAAACGUGCAGGGUCUGUACCCACAUGGGGGCGGGGGUCUAAACGUGUUACCUAACCAAGUUUCUUCAGUCCGACGUGCCUUCUUCUUCUUCACUUCCUUUCCAGUUCGAUGACCUUCUGAAGACCUUGUUGCCAUGGUAACUGAAAGUUGAAAAGAUACAUCUAAUAAUCUUCUGCUUUAAAAUGUAACGUGACGCUCUGCACCAGACUGCCUUCACUUCCUCUGCCGUGUUUAAACUGCAGCUUCAGGCGUGUUUCUGUUCUGUGCCUCCAACUUUGUUCUUCUUCUGUUUCUGAACUUCCUGUGAGUCUUGAAAUUAUUCAGUUUUCUGUGAUUUACUGGAGACAAAUGUAUGUUUGAUAAAUGACUGAAAUAAUUAAUUGAUUAUCAAUAUUUGAUCAAUCAGUUAUUGAAAUAGUUUCAGAUGAAUUGAAUCGCCCCAAAUUAAACAAAACAUUAAAACAUGUCUUUUAGAGGCUUUCAUUGGACGGUCAGAAACCACAGAAGAAGAAUCAGUUUCCUGCUCCUUUCGAGCUUCAGGUCAUGUAAUCGCGUGUUUGAUUAAAUAUGAAAACUUAAUGGACACUGGAUUCAUGUUAACGAGCUUUGAAUGAAUACAUUUUUUUGUUUAAAUGUUUUCUAUGCUAAAGAUUUCAGAAUGUUUGAGCCAAUCAGAACAAAAUUCUGAAUUAAUGUUUAAAUUUCUUUAUUUUAAUGAUUUAAAGAAUUUUAGUCUGAAGGGAUUGUUUUUUUAUAAAGUUAAUUUUAUGUCUUUUUAUAUUCAUAAAAAUAAAAAAGAAACUUGGUCGGA